AUGACUGAGGACAAGAAGACCAUAAUCGUUACGGGUGCCUCCCGAGGACUGGGCAAGUGCAUUGUGCAGAACAUACUUGACGACUAUGCGCGGGCGCAGGUAGUGCUGAUUGCUCGGAACGGCGACCAGCUCCAGGCCUUCUACGACGGCCUGAGCACAGAGGACCGGCAGCGGGUGCUGAUUGCGCCGGCGGACGUGACCGACCGGGGCGCCGUGGUGGCGGUACUCGAGCAGACGCUGGCGAGGUUUGGCCAGAUCGACGGAGUGGUGUGCAACGCCGGGGUGCUCGAGCCCGUGGGCCACUUGGACGAGGCGGACUACGACAUGGCAGGGAUGAGGCGGCUCUUCGAGGUGAACUUCUUCAGCGUCGUGCAGCUCGUGAACGAGACGUUGACGCGGACGGGGCGGGGCACGGUCAACCUUGUCUUUGUGUCGUCCGGGGCGAGCACGCGGGGCAUCGACGGGUGGCUUGCGUACGGGGCGUCCAAGGCGGCGUUGAACGCGCUGUGCAAGCAGCUCCACGACGAGAUGUACCCGCGGGUGCGGAGCAUGAGUGUUGCGCCCGGGGUGGUGGACACGGACAUGCAGCGGGCGAUCCGGGAGCAGCUCCGGCCGCAGAUGAGUGCCGAGAGCCACCGGCGCUUUGUGGAGCUGCACAGCGGCGGCGAGUUGCUGGACGGGAUGGUUGUCGGGAAGGUCUACGCCCGGCUCGCAGUGGAUGGUCCGCCCGCCACGGCGGCGGGCCAGGCCGUCUGCGGGGAGUACGUGCGCUGGAACGACCCCCGGCUCUCUGUGGCAACGAGCAAAUAG